AUGUAUGAGGCGGGGAUUCUCGCUCUAAUGGGCUGGUGGUACCAUGGAUGGAAGGGGGAUCCCAACGCGAGGGUGGACUUGAUCUUCCCGUGCUUCUUUCCACUUGGCGUGGCCGUUCUUGUGAACGCAUACGAGAUCGUCUCUUUUUCGUGCUUGGACCGGCGACGACCGAUCAAUGUCAUUGCCGUGUGCUUCGACGUCCUGAUUUGCGCUGGUAGCACCUUUUGCUUCCUCCUUCUAGGGCUUAUCGACAACGACCCAGUUCAGGACAGACUUAGAACGGACUCCACGCAGGAACGAUGGAGGAGGGACCAGAGUAAAGCAAUGAUCUUCAUGAUUGUGUUUUGCUUUCUUCAUGCGUUGUUUAUAAUCAUGGCUUCGGUUGGAUGUGUCUACUCGGGGAUAUUGAAGAACAGAGCCAGAAGGCGAAGGCGGAUAGCACGAAACCGAGCGCAGAUGGCCCGGUUUGCAAAUGAACGACGGAGGCAAAUGGACGUUGAUAAAGCCCAAGUCGGGGCUCCGGUUGAGGAUGUCGGACAAAGUGAGGAACGGAGCGACGAACGAAACUCAAGGGGAACGGAGUCAACACAGUCAACGGAGCUGGAAGGCAACGAACGAAACACGAGGGAACGAUUCAGCACACGCCAUCACGGGGAUCAGGCCCGGCGAAGACGCUACGCCGGGUAUCCCUCUGCACCCUUGUCCACUACAGUAUUGGCGUGUGCCCUGGUUACGCAGAAAUAUGCCAGGGAACGUAGAGGUACCUCUAGGUAUGUGCUCUCUGAAUCUGGACCUUCCUACCGAGCGAGGUUCUCUUCCGGCCGGUUUGUUGGACCCAACGGCUUCAACAUCAAGCCGGGGGGCUGGACAGUAAUUCAUCAACCAUCAACUCAUCGCCUACCUUGCAUGGUAAUAGCCACCAACAACCAAGAUGCCUUGCCCUCACAAAAAGCUCUACGAAAGGAGAGGAAGAUCAGCGGGGAGGCCGGCGACAACAAGAAGCGCAAGAAGCACAACGGCGAGACCGCCGAGGAGAAGGCUGAGCGCAAGAAGCAAAAGAAGAGCGAGUUGGGAUGCUGGAGGUAUAGCGAUAGAGGAAACCGCUCGCUGGACGAUGCAAAUCUCUGCACCUCUCCUGCUGGGCCCGCUCCUGACCCGAAUGAAACGGAAGAACAGAGGAAGCGCCGCUUGCGGAAGGAGGAGGAGAAGAAGAAGGAAAAGAAAGGAGAAGAAGGAGAAACAACCAAGUUUGCCAGAACUGAGCGAGGUGCAAAGGAGACGACAGAAUGUGUUUGA